GCUGUCUCUCAGAUUGCAUUUGCUUUCACGGAUCUGUUUAGUACUGGAAGGGAAAGGGGGAGGGGGGGAAAAAAAAAAGAAGGGAAAAGUGCUGCACUGAAUGUGAGAUCAUGCAAAAGCUAGUGCUCUAUGCUUAUAUUUACCUGCUCGUGCUGAUUUCAGUUGAUCCGGUGGCUCUGGAUGACAGUAGUCAGCCCACAGAGAACGCUGAAAAAGACGGACUGUGCAAUGCUUGUAUGUGGAGACAGAAUACAAAAUCUUCCAGAAUAGAAGCCAUAAAAAUUCAAAUCCUCAGCAAACUGCGCCUGGAACAAGCUCCUAACAUUAGCAGGGAUGUUAUUAAGCAACUUUUACCCAAGGCUCCUCCACUGCAGGAACUGAUUGAUCAGUAUGACGUCCAGAGAGAUGACAGUAGUGAUGGUUCUUUGGAAGAUGAUGACUAUCAUGCCACCACCGAAACGAUUAUCACAAUGCCUACAGAGUCUGAUUUUCUUGUACAAAUGGAGGGAAAACCAAAAUGUUGCUUCUUUAAGUUUAGCUCUAAAAUACAAUAUAACAAAGUAGUAAAGGCACAAUUGUGGAUAUACUUGAGGCAAGUCCAAAAACCUACAACGGUGUUUGUGCAGAUCCUGAGACUUAUUAAACCCAUGAAAGAUGGUACAAGAUAUACUGGAAUUCGAUCUUUGAAACUCGACAUGAAUCCAGGCACCGGUAUUUGGCAGAGUAUCGAUGUGAAGACAGUGUUGCAAAAUUGGCUCAAACAGCCUGAAUCCAAUUUAGGCAUUGAAAUAAAAGCUUUUGAUGAGAAUGGACGAAAUCUUGCUGUAACUUUCCCAGGACCGGGUGAAGAUGGAUUGAACCCAUUUUUAGAGGUCAGAGUUACAGACACACCAAAACGGUCCCGCAGAGAUUUCGGUCUCGACUGUGACGAGCACUCCACAGAAUCCCGAUGUUGUCGCUACCCACUGACCGUGGAUUUUGAAGCCUUCGGGUGGGAUUGGAUUAUUGCACCUAAGAGAUACAAAGCGAAUUACUGCUCCGGAGAAUGCGAAUUUGUGUUUUUACAAAAAUACCCACACACCCACCUCGUACACCAAGCAAACCCCAGAGGUUCGGCAGGCCCUUGCUGCACGCCCACCAAGAUGUCCCCCAUAAACAUGCUGUACUUCAACGGGAAAGAACAAAUAAUAUACGGCAAGAUCCCGGCCAUGGUUGUAGAUCGCUGCGGGUGCUCAUGAGACCCUCAUCAGAUCCACCGCCUCAGAAAUUGUGGAAGCUACCAAAAAAAAAAAAAAAAAGAAAAAAAAAGGAAAAAGAAAAAGUUCUACCCCCUCAGCAGUCUUUCAAACUGUGAAGUUACGUACACCAGGCAUUGCCGACCUCCUGUGUGCUGUAUGAUAGGCUAUCGUACAGAUUUAGUGCAGCGCCAGCUACAGAACGUGAACUAAAGGACUAUAGAGUUACCUGACGGCUGGUUUUGAGCCAGCAAAAGAGAAAAGCUACAAUCAAAAUCACCGGAUUUAAUACAGGAAGUUCUUACAUUAUGAGGGAAUCAAUAUUCAGUUAUUUGGAUGCAAAUUUAUAUGCAGGUUUCAGUACACGUUGGUAAUCAAAAGCAAGCUCCUUCUCAUCUGAGGACAGAAGGAGUGGGCUUUUAAGUUCAUUUCUUCACAGCUUCACUUAAUAGCAUAUUUACAGGAAAAUAUAUACUGGUAACAUAUACACCACUACACAAUACCACCAGAAUCAUCCUUAAACACUUGAAUAUAUAGUGCAGACUUCUGAAAUGUAUCAGAUGAAAUUCCACAUAAAUGGACAAAUCCUGAAAUUAGGGAUGGCAUAGUGUAUUUAGUGUGUUUCCAUUCCUUUUUCUCAUUAGUAUGUUAGUAAUCAAUGGCAAUGGUGCUACAUAAGCAGGCUGAGUAAAUAGAAAGAUAGUUAUACAAGUGAAAGGAUUUAGGCUUAAUAAUGAAUUUGCCCUAUCCUCAGGUACACUACUCAACAUUCGCAAGAAAUAGGUAUUUUUUAAAUGAAAAGGAAUAGUUUUCUAGAUGUAGUAAAACAGAAGGCAGCAGAGAAGUCCAACAUUCAAAUUGCAAUCCCACAUUUUAACCUGCCUUUGCAACAUUACCAUUUGCACUAUGGUAAACCAAUGCAAAUAUUUGGUUGCUACAGAUAUUGUUUAAAAAACCACUUUGAUAUAACUGAUUUGUGUAAUAUGUAUGCAUCAAUAUUUUGUAAAUAAAUUUUUAUUUUUUAAUCACUGUUGGUAUAUGUUCAUCACAAGAAAAGAAUGACUUUAACCUGUACUUUAGUUUAAUAAAAAACCCAAUAUUCUUUUCAUAAUAUAAUUUUCUGGAUUUUAACACAAAUAAUAUGUAGGAACAAUGCAACAAAGUAAACCAUAUGCUGAGAAUUACUACAUUUUAUAAAUUUUUUACUUUGGUAUGAGCCAUCUGUGAUAAAUGAUGGGUGUUGACAUGUUUAUAAGGUUCUUUGGGUUACUGUUUUUAUGGUCAUUUUGAUCCACAACUGAAUUUCCAUACUUUGAAUGUUAUGUUCAUAAAUAAUGAUGAUACCACAAAAGAUUGCUAUUAAAUGCAUUUUAUUAUAUUUAAAAGUUUGCAGCAAAGUAUUUUCUGUAUUUGACUAAAAAUAGUAUAUGGAUUUCCACACAAAUUCUGUAUAUUUUCCUUAUAGUAAAAAAUAGUUAAUUGAAAUUAAAAAAAAAAAAAUCUAUUUCCUAUAAAUUCCA